GACGAGAUAUUCAUGUCGCCGUAGCAACGAGGUCAGCUGUGUAUACAACAUGGCCGUCUGAGUCUGGAAAGUUCAGAUCGUGUACAGAGUUUCGCAGUGUCCUUUUCCCAUAUUUCUGCAUACAGCCAUGGCGUUUUUCGGAAUCACCGGACUAGGGUAUCAAGAUGCCAUCAAGGAGAAGGUACUGAGACCAGCGGAGGUGAACUCGGAGGGUCUCGGGACGAGGGGAGUUGACACGGCGGCCGAGGUGGUGGGCGAUCCCGGAGAAGGGACGCCGAAGCCUUUCUCACCCGCCGAGAAAGUCAACCCGUCAGAACUGACCAGCGGAGACCCGCAGGGCUCAUAUGUCAAGUACACUACCAUGCUGAGGAAGCAUAUACGGAAUCCUCAUGCCCCUAACCAGCUGAACCGGCUGCCCCAGACAGAGGGCCAGUGUGUCGGAUUCUGGCACCCCAACAAGGGAGAACCUCCCAUCCAGCAGCAGCUACCCUGGACACGGGUUCCACGCUACGGGAUGGUCACCAGUGAGAUGACCAGAUUUGUAGACCAGAUGGCAGUGACCAACAAGGAGUUCCGAUUGUUUUAAUGGGUGGAGUCUGGAUCCAGGAGAUCUUUUUUACUCGCAGUUUAAUUUUUAUUAGAAUUUGGUGAGUGUGCCAUGGAGAUGUCCCAUCAUUCCAAGAAGGUUAACCUCCUUGAUCAUUCUUUGGGAUAAUAUGGACAAAGAAACAGACUUUGAGCAGACUUCUGUGUUACUUAAGGCUUUAAGAAAUACAUGAAUCUUAUCUCUAAGUAUGAAUUUGGGCAGACUCAUUUUAACUCACAUAGAGGCUUGGUUUAUUUUUCAGAAGUAAGCCUAAAUUAUAUCACAAAUGAAAAAUAACAAAGAAAGCUAUCUGUGUAAAUAUACUGGGUACAGUACAGUACAUGGAGCAUAUCAAUUUGUCUGUGCAUUGCUUAAUAUUUUUGCAAAAUGAAUCACUUGUGCAGGAUAACUUUUUCACUUAGAAAUAAGCUGUAUAUUACAGAUUUUGCAGUAUGUGUACACAAUUACUACCAAUGUAAUGAAUUUAUCAAUUAAAAACUUUUGAUCUA